CGUGCCACCGCACACUUAUCAUUUAGAGCUGAUACAUUUCCGCAUGGUUUGAUAACAUGAUGUGCUGCUAAAGAAAACGCGGUACUGUGUCAUUACGUUUCGAUCUGUUGUUAUAGAGUACGACCAUGGAUAAUGAAUUGAUGGAACCACAACCAGAAUUGCCUAAGUUGGCUAGGAAAAAACCAAGAGGCUUGUUAAGACAAGAAAAAUUGAAAGAACUUAAGAAUAAAAAAAAACAGCAAAGAAAAGAUAGGAAACUUAGAAAAGAGAGUGGUGACCCUAAGCAAAUACCGCGUACUAUUGAAAAUACUAGAGAACAUGAUUCAACUGUAUUUCAUUCUGAUGAUGAAGACUAUGAUCAAAAAGCUGAAGAUUUAGCAGCCGAAUUUGAAAAUGAUGAGUUUUCUGAAUAUUAUUCUGAACUUUAUAAACCUAAAGUAUUAAUUACUUACAAAGAAAAACCUCUUAGAAAAGUAAGAGAAUUUGGUAAAAUUUUAACAGAAAUCAUACCCAACUCUGUUAGAGUCUUUCGUAGAGAUGCUUCAGUUAAAGAAACUAUACAGGCAGCAAUCAAUAAAGGAUAUACUGAUUUAAUAGUAUUAAAUGAAGAUCGAAAUGAACCUAAUGGAUUAAUACUAGUACAUCUGCCUAAGGGUCCCACUGCAUAUUUUCGUUUAAGUAAUGUUAUAUUUCCAAAUAAAAGACAACGUAAAGAAUUUACUAAUCACAGACCUGAAGUGAUAACAACAAAUUUUACAACUGGACUAGGUAAAACUGUUGCACGUAUGCUAGGUGCUGUUUUUCAUCAAGAAGCUGAGUUUAAAGGACGACAUGUAAUUACAAUGCAUAAUCAAAGAGAUUAUAUUUUUGUUCGACAUCAUAGAUACAAAUUUUUGAAAAAUAAACCGUCUCUUAGAGAACUAGGACCUAAAUUUACUAUGAGAUUACAAUAUAUUCAAGAAGGAUUAUAUGAUCCUAAAUGUGGAGAAUAUAGAUGGAUUAUGACUGAUAAAAGACAUAAAAUUGAAACAAGUCGUAGAAGAUUUUUUUUGUGAUUGUUUAGUUAUAUAUAUAACAUGAUUUUAUUGUGAAUUUAUCAUAAUAAAAUUUUUAAUAAAAUAUAUAAUACUUUUA